AUAAAAUUUGAUUGGAAACGGUCUACUUGUCCAUCUUGGUUAUUAAUACGCUUCUAUUGUUAAUUAUAUAAACGAUAUUAAGUCCACCAAUGACAGGGACAACAAACAGAAAAUCAUCAGGACAAGCUUUGGGCAUAUUCUCUUGUACAGAACCUAUACCUCUCAUGUUUAUCUUAAUCUUGGAUCUUCACCUUCUUUAGCUCCAAAAACGCCUCUUUUUUUAUUCAAAUCAUUCAAAACUCUCUCUUUCUUUGACAUGGAUUCUGCAAUUCUUUAUACCCAAACCUUACCUUUAUCUUUCUUUAUGUUUUUCUCCAUUUACCUCCAUGCUUAUUUUGUAAUUUUCAGAAACUGGGGUCGAUACAGAAAAGAAGCUUCAAGUUCUUUCAUGUCCCUAACUCAUGGCACUCCUGCUGUUUUCCUUGCUUUAUCUGCACUACUACACACCCAAUCCUCAUAUAACUUUGCUUCUCCAAACUCUACUCUCCAUAACAGAGUCCUUGAGUUCAGUAUGGCUUACUUCUUAAUGGACCUGAUACACUACAUGGUCUUCUUCCCAACUAACCUUCUUUUCAUACUUCACCAUCUAGCUACUUUGUAUGUUAUUGUAACUUGUCGAUACGUGGUUAAUCAUGGGGCCUACGAGAUUCUUGUGCUGCUUAUACUAGCUGAAGUUACUAGCGGUUUCCAGAAUGUUUGGAGCAUUGUCGGUUUUCGAAAAGCUGAUGUUCCUAUUGCUAAAAGAUUACAUGAAGUCUUGUCUCCUCUUUUCCUAGCUUUCUACUCUGUUGUUAGAGGUAUUCUAGGUCCUCUGUUUACGUUUAAGAUGGGGAGCUUUUAUCUGAGUGGAGAAGCUAAUGGUAUGAUUCCUAGAUGGGCAUGGAUUUCUUGGAUGGUUGUAAUUAUUACUGCAAUUUUGGUUAGUAUAUUAUGGGUUUCAAGUCAUUGGACAGACUUGUUGAGAGAAAGAAAUCGUCAGAAGAAGGUGAGGUAGAAUUUGAGUUUGUGGAUUUUAGUAAAUUCCCUUG